AUGUCUAGCUUCUCUCCUCAACUCCAAGGUGCUCAUGCCAUGGUCACCGGUGGCUCAAAGGGUAUCGGCAGAGUCAUUGUCGAGACUCUUCUCAACGAAGGUGCCAAUGUCUCUUACUGCUCACGCAACAUCCAUGGCAAGGAGUUUGCCGGUUUCAAGGGAGCGAAUGGAGAGGUAACCGCUGUAGGAACCAGCGUCGAUAUUUCCAACGGGGAUGCUAUCAAGGACUGGGUCGAAACCUCUGCGAAAAAGUUUGGCAGAGUCGAUCUUGUGGUCGCAUGUGCUUGCCCCAUGCUGUUCGAUACCACCAUCGAGACUUGGGAGAAGAGCUUCCAGGCCGACAUCCUUGGUCUCAUCAACCUCAUCAACGCGUCUGCACCUCAUCUUGAAAAGCAAAAGGGCUCCAUCGUAGUCAUCAGCUCAAUUGCCGGCUUUCAGACAAAGCACCCGGCUAUCGGAAGCCCAUACACCACAAUGAAGCGCGCUCAGGCCACGCUGGCCAAAGACUUUGGACGCUGGCUUGCACCACGCGGUGUCAGGAUCAACAGUGUUGUCCCAGGCGCCAUUGACCCCCCACCAGUUAUGCAGCCGGAUGGUACUUUGGAGCCAAGCUCGUUCCACAAGGCUAUGGAGGCUGACCCGGCUUGGAAAAAGGAGGCUCUCGACUCCAUUCCGCUUAAUGUGAUCGGGGAAGCAGAGGAUAUUGCGAACGCUGUCGUGUUUUUGGGCAGCAGGCUCAGCAAGUAUACCACCGGUACAAACUUGAUUGUGGAUGGAGGAAUGAACAGUGCUCUUUAA